AUGGCGGCUACAAGAGCGAUAACCAUAGCGAGCAACUCGACAUGCACACUACUUAGAAAGAAACCCUUCGUGGGUGGCACUGCCCUUUCCCUCAACAACCUCAAUUUUUGUCGAACUAAGAGGUCUUAUACCUGCCGGGCCAUCUACAAUCCUCAGGUUGUCGUCAAGGAAGAAGGCCAGCCCGAAACCCUCGACUAUAGAGUUUUCUUUGUUGAUAAAUCUGGCAAGAAGGUUUCUCCUUGGCAUGAUAUUCCAUUGCGAUUAGGUGAGGAUAUUUUCAACUUCAUUGUUGAGAUUCCUAAAGAAUCCAGUGCAAAGAUGGAGGUUGCCACCGAUGAGGCUUUCACUCCCAUAAAACAGGAUACAAAAAAGGGAAAGCUCAGAUAUUAUCCCUAUAAUAUUCAUUGGAACUAUGGCUUACUUCCACAAACGUGGGAAGAUCCAUCUUUUGCAAACUCAGAAAUUGAAGGAGCAUUGGGAGAUAAUGAUCCAGUUGAUGUGGUCGAGAUUGGUGAAAGACAGAGGAAAAUAGGUGAGGUUCUCAAGGUCAAACCCUUGGGCGCAUUAGCCAUGAUUGACGAAGGUGAACUUGAUUGGAAAAUAGUUGCAAUUUCAUUAGAUGAUCCAAAGGCAUCAUUGGUGAAUGAUGUUAAUGACGUUGAGAAGCAUUUUCCAGGAACUCUAACUGCAAUUAGGGACUGGUUCAGAGACUACAAGAUACCUGAUGGAAAGCCUGCUAAUAAGUUUGGGCUUGGCAACCAAGCAGCUAAUAAGGAAUAUGCGCUCAAGGUCAUCACAGAGACCAAUGAAUCCUGGAAUAAACUUAUUAAGAGAUCAAUUCCUGCAGGAGAGUUGUCACUUGCGUAG